GAUGAUUAUGAUGGCCAAGAAUCGAGUCGUAUUGUUUACACGACCAAGGUUUCUGGGCCAGAGAAACGCUCUCCUCUUCGCAAGGCUUGGGAUAACAUUUUGGGAUACGACUUCAAAGCUGGCAAAGUCCCGGGAACGAACUAUGAACUUCGUCAUGGUUCCACUAGAACACGAGUCGAUCGUGAUCCAAAAACUGGAAGGAUCAGAGUGCAGCAACAGACCAUCGGGAGAGACAUAUCGACCAUCCUGAUGAUCAUUCUUAGCGUUUUCUUCGUGAUGUUGGCUAUUGCCUACCUUGGUACAGCUCGACAAGAUUCCCUUGUGGCUACUGCUCAUACAAUAACCGGUGCCAUUUGUGACACUGUCCACUUCUUCUACAUGUAUGCCGUAGUUCCGAGCUUCGUUGUGUUGGCAGCAGCGGCACUCGUUCUUACUGUGUAUUUUGGUCAUAAAUACUGGAAACAACAGAAGGAAAAGGAAGAAGCUGCGUUUUACGAUUUAGUGGACAAAAUUCUGGAUAUUGUAAGAGAGGCUAAUGAGAACGGCGAAGAAUACAUUUCUAUACCACAUGUGAGAGAUGUAAUGUUCCCUCCUGCAAAAAGGCGAGGUGCGGAGUUGGCUCGUUGGGAGAGAGCAGUCGACUUCAUAAACGCCAAUGAAUCCCGUAUAUCUACCGAGACGCGAGUACUUCGUGGUGGGCAGGAAUGCGAUGUGUGGCGUUGGAUCCCGGCGAAACGUACCGGCUGGCAGGGCUCGGCGUUCGCACCUCCUCCGGGUAUGAGCAUGCCGACGUCAUCGAAAGUAUUGUCACCGAACAUCCCAGUCGAGGCUCUCACUCGUUGCUUAAAGAUCAGAGAUAUGUUUGGCAAAGAGGAUGUUGACGAGGAGGAGUGA